AUGGCAUUUCUGUUGCCAGUGAUAAUUGUGCGCGAGGUCCUCCUGCUCCUGCGAGAGAUAUCCGAACUUAAAGAACAGCUCAACGAACAAAGAGCACGAGAAGCGGCUUUAAUAUCUGAGGUUAAAAUUCUCAAGGAUGAGGUUGCUGAGAAACCUUUAUUGCAGAAUUCUCUCAAGGAACUGCAAACCAAGUCGGCUCGCUUUGAAGAAGAAAGAAAGAAACUAGGUGAGGCCAAUAUAAAGCUUAAAGAAGAUGUGUCUACGUACGAGUCCAAACAAAGUGACCUUGAAGCAAAAUAUUCCACUGCCAUUGCUAAGAAUGACAAAUCAGUUGAACAACUUCAGGCUGCAAAAAAGACUAUUGAAGAUUUAACGCAACAGCAUUCUUCUGAAGGGCAGAAACUACAAUCUCAGAUAUCUUCGCUUAUGGAUGAGAACCGCCUGCUUAAUGAAGUGCAUCAAAAUACUAAGAAGGAACUCCAGCAAGCGAUAUCUAACCUUGAAGAACAGCUCAAGGAACAAAAAGCAGGAGAAGCUGCUUUAAAAUCUGAGGUUAAAAAUCUCAAGGUUGAGGUUGCUGAGAACCCUUUAUUGCAGAAUUCUCUGAAGGAACUGCAAACCAAGUUAGCUCGCUGUGAAGAAGAGAGCAGAAAACUAGCUGAGGCAAAUAAAAAGCUUAAAGAAGAUGUGUCUACAUACGAGUUCAAACAACGUGACCUUGAAGCAAAAUAUUCCACUGCCAUUGCUAAGAAUGACAAAUCAGUUGAACAACUCCAGGCUUCAAAAAAGACUAUUGAAGAUUUAACGCAACAGCAUUCUUCUGAAGGGCAGAAACUGCAAUCUCAGCUCAAGGAACAAAAAGCAGGAGAAGCUGCUUUAAAAUCUGAGGUUAAAAAUCUCAAGGUUGAGGUUGCUGAGAAGCCUUUAUUGCAGAAUUCUCUGAAGGAACUGCAAACCAAGUUAGCUCGCUGUGAAGAAGAGAGCAGAAAACUAGCUGAGGCAAAUAAAAAGCUUAAAGAAGAUGUGUCUACAUACGAGUCCAAACAACGUGACCUUGAAGCAAAAUAUUCCACUGCUGUUGCUGAGAAGGAUGAAUCAGUUGAAAAACUUCAGGCUACAGAAAGGACAAUUGAAGAUUUAAAGCAGCAGCAUUCUUCUGAAGGGCAGAAACUACAAUCUCAGAUAUCUUCGCUUACUGACGAGAACAACCUGCUUAAUGAAGUGCAUCAAAAUACUAAGAAGGAACUCCAGCUAGCGAUAUCUAACCUUGAAGAACAGCUCAAGGAACAAAAAGCAGGAGAAGCUGCUUUAAAAUCUAAGGUUGAAAAUUUCAAGGCUGAGGCUGAUGAGAAGCCUUUAUUGCAAAAUUCUCUCAAGGAACUGCAAACCAAGUCAGCUCACCUUGAAAAAGAGAGCAGAAAACUAACUGAGGCAAAUAUAAAGCUUAAAGAAGAUGUGUCUACAUACGAGUCCAAACAAAGUGACCUUGAAGCAAAAUAUUCCACUGCUGUUGCUGAGAAUGAUGAAUCAGUUGAACAACUUCAGGCUGCAAAAAGGACAAUUGAAGAUUUAAAGCAGCAGCAUUCUUCUCAAGGGCAGAAACUAGAAUCUCAGAUAUCUUCGCUUACGGAUGAGAACAGCCUGCUUAAUGAAGUGCAUCAAAAUACUAAGAAGGAACUCCAGCAAGUGAUAUCUAACCUUGGAGAACAGCUCAAGGAACAAAAAAUAGGAGAAGCUGCUUUAAAAUUUGAGGUUGAAAAUCUCAAGGCUGAGGUUGCUGAGAAGCCUUUAUUGCAGAAUUCUCUCAAGGAACUGCAAACCAAGUCAGCUCACUCAAAAUAUUCCACUGCUGUUGCUGAGAAGAAUGAAUCAGUUGAACAACUUCAGGCUGCAAAAAGGACUAUUGAAGAUUUAAUGCAGCAGCAGUCUUCUCAAGGGCAGAAACUACAAUCUCAGAUAUCUUCGCUUACAGAUGAGAACAACCUGCUUAAUGAAGUGCAUCAAAAUACUAAGAAGGAACUCCAGCAAGCGAUAUCUAACCUUGAAGAACAGCUCAAGGAACAAAAAGCAGGAGAAGCUGCUUUAAAAUCCGAGGUUGAAAAUCUCAAGGCUGAGGCUACUGAGAAAUCUUUGUUGCAGAAUUCUCUCAAGGAACUCGAAGAGAAAUUGGUGAAAACUGAAGCUCGACUGCAAAAAGAGGAACUUGCCCAACCAAUUCACAUUCCUGAAGGCUGGCCGCGGUCACAUAUUUUUCCUCCUAAUUUCCGUCACUCUGCAGUAAUGCCAGGGAAAGAAUAUAAUUGGCCCGAGCAGUAUCCCUAG